UUAGUUAUGAUGAAUGAACGACAAGGGAUCCCCGAUCCAUGCGAAUUUCAACCGACUUUGCAAUUCGGAACCCUAACCUGAAGCAAAGAACUAAGCAACUUGAAGGGCAGUGUCCAUUUUCCUUUCUACGCAUUCUAUCUUGCGCGGGUAUGCGAAUAUAUAUUGAUAAGUAGAGAUAUCGUUGCAUGUCGGUCUCGGCGGAUCUCAAUCUCGCUUGGGUGCUGCAAUUCAUUGUCACUGCGUUCUUGAUAGCUUUGGGACUGCUGCACCUCCUCAAGAACACAGCCUCCAAGUACUUUUUCGUCGACGCCAACUUCAACUCUUCCGCCGCCGGCCAUCCCCGCAAAAUGGGGGUGUUGGACGUCGGCUGUGCCGUCUGUCGCAAACCUGGCCCCAAGAAGUGUUCGGGCUGCAAGAGGGUCAACUACUGCUCUGAAACAUGCCAAAGAUCACAUUGGAAUUCUCACAAGUCAGAAUGCAGAGAUUCUAGAACGUCUGGCAUAAAUAAGUCGCCUAUGGGAACAUCUACACCGCGAAGGAGAACUUCUGAAGUUUCAUUAGUACCUGCUAGUGGAACCUCUAACGUACUCAACCUUUCAGGACAGAUACUCUUUCCGUAUGAGGAAUUUAUUGAUCUCUUUAACUGGGAUAAGCCAGGGUUUCCUCCUUGUGGGCUUCUGAAUUGUGGAAAUAGCUGCUUUGCAAAUGUGGUUCUGCAAUGUCUUGUUUACACUAGGCCCCUGGUUGCCUACAUACUCGAGAAAGGCCAUCGGAGACAAUGUAGACGGAAUGAUUGGUGCUUCUUUUGUGAAUUCGAAUGUCAUGUUGAGAGGGCACGUCAAAGCUCACAAUCCUUUUCACCAAUCAACAUUCUCUCUCGGCUGCCUAGUCUAGGCGGUAAUCUUGGGUAUGGAAAACAGGAGGAUGCCCAUGAGUUCAUGAGGUUUGCUAUUGAUACAAUGCAAUUAGUGUGCCUUGAUGAAUUUGGUGGAGAAAAGGCUAUUCAUCCUAGUUCACAAGAAACUACUCUUAUUCAACAUAUUUUUGGUGGCCGUCUUCAAUCUCAGGUCAUUUGUACAAAAUGCAAUACCAUUUCAAAUCAGUAUGAAAAUAUUAUGGAUCUGACUGUGGAGAUUGAUGGCGAUAUUGCAUCAUUGGAGGAAUGUUUGGAUAAGUUCACUGCUAGAGAAUCACUUCACGGAGAUAAUAUGUAUAAAUGUGACAAAUGCAAUGAUUAUGUUGGGGCAUGGAAGCGCCUUAUGAUCUGUCAGGCACCAAACAUACUUACCAUUGCCUUGAAGCGAUUUCAGAGGGGGAGAUUUGGAAAACUAAAUAAGAGGGUCACUUUUCCAGAGACUUUAGAGCUUUGUCCAUACAUGAGUGGAACAAGUGAGAGUGAUGAAUUUUACAAGUUGUAUGCUGUCAUUGUUCAUGUGGACAUGCUGAAUGCAUCAUUUUUUGGUCAUUACAUAUGCUAUGUCAAAGAUCAUUGUGGGCGGUGGUACAGAAUUGAUGAUUGUAAGGUUGCUUGUGUUGAUCUGGAUGAGGUUCUCUCACAGGGAGCCUACAUGCUAUUUUAUAGCAGGAUAUCUGCUAGACCGACAUGCUUAUACCAUAUUGAGAAUUCAAAGGGAGAGGAGCAGACUGUUGCCGAAGUGGAAGAAGUGCAGCCAUGCCUGAACGAAGCUGUGAAAUCUCAUACAUCAGAAUCCCUUGAUGUUCCUCCCCUUCCUUCUGGCUUAUUGUCAACGGAAGAACACUUUAAAAUGACGACUCAUACUUCUAAAGGGGAGAUGCAUCCUGAAAAACACGUUGAAGUUUCUAGUCAGGACCAAGAAAUGGUGGAUUGUGAGGCCCCUGAACCUGCACAGAGUUCGGGUUCUUUUACUCAAGCACCUAUUUCAAGAAUGGAGUAUAAAGGCGAAGAAAAUUCCAAUGUCCAUUUGUUGAUAAUUUCAACCUGGGGAUGCCAAAAUGACUCAGGGGACAAAGGUGAUUUGCAGAGUAGUAUACAUUCAGGAAAAAACGACAAAGUUUCUAGUCAGGAUCAAGAAAUGGUGGAUUGUAAGGCUCCUGAACUUGCUCAGAGUUUUGUUUCCUCUACUCAACUACCGAUUUCCAAAAUUGAGGGUGAAAGUAAAGCUAAUGUAAUUGGCCAUUUGUUGAGUAACUCAACUGGGGGAGGUCAAACUAAAUCCGGUGACAAAAGUGUUUUGCAUAAUAUUCAUUUGGGAAAAAAUGGCGAGGUUUGUAGUCAUGAUCAAGAAAUGGUGGAUUAUAUGGCUGCUGAACCUGCUCAGACUUCAGUUUCUUCGACUCACACACUUGUUUCCCCCAAAGUUGAGGAUGAAACCAAAGCUAAUUCCAAUUGUCAUUUGUUGAGAAAUUCAACCGGGGGCAGCCAAACUAAUUCCAGUGACAAAGGUGGAUUGCAGAGUAAUUUUUCAAAUGGAAAGAUAUCAGGCAAUAAUAUGGUUACUGCUAAUUCCUCUGCAAAGCAGUAUAGUAAUGGUAUUCAAGAUGGGCUUAAGAAAGAGAAACAAAAACCACUUUUUGCCCCUGGUUUUCUUGAUAAGCGUCCCCUCAAUAACAAAGUUAUCAGGCCAGGAUCUGAAGUUACUGGGAAUAAGCGUCGAGAAGAGCGUCAGAAUGGUUUUGCCGGACUAAACAAACAGGACAACAACCACUUUUGUGAAUAACUUUGAAGGGGAGACACUUAUUUCAGAACCAACCUUUGACUUGGAAGAGACAAAAUGACAUAACUCUUCAUAUAAAUGGCUUCUUGCAUAGUGACUGAAUAUUUAAGAGCUGGGCUGCUUGGAUAGACUGCAUUGUUGAUACCAGAUGAUCAUUCUAUUUCUUGAAGGUUUUGAAGAUUCAACUUCAAAAGAGGUCUUUUGAAUAAGAAAGAGUAGCAAACAGGAUGGCUGAGAUUUUAUUCAUACCAUUUUGUUCUUUUUCUCUUAUUAUUUUUCUUCGAUAUUCAAGAAAUUUUUGGCGGGGAUUCAGUGAUGUGAUGUAAGGGCACUUUGCAUUUUUUAUUUUGAAAAUAAAAUGUGCAGAGUCUGUCGAGUAUUUGAGAGUCAGAUUACCGGAGGUGAACUGCAAGAUUUAGUCCCAAGUCCAGUGUUUUUG